AUGAUCAUUGAUCAUGUUCCGAUAGAAGAAGCUUCAAAGUCCAACGCGGAAGAAAUGAUGGAAAGCUAUUCGGGAACGAGUAAAGUUUCUCAAACUCCUAAACACCUGGUACGUAUAGACGUCACUUCCGGUGUCGACAACCUUGCAGUACAAAGCGACGUCGAGGGGGAAACGGAACAUCCGGUUCAUGUGAACUAUUACCUCUCCAACGGCGAUCGUCUGUGGAAACCUAAAUUUAGCAACCAGUCCGUAACAGCCAAUCAAAACAUCUUUAACAGCUUCUCGUUCAAGCGAUAUCUGCCGGUAAUCGAGACGAGCAAUCCCAGCUAUUCCUUCCAGCGUCCUCUACAGAAUAAAGCUCCGACCUAUUUAGUACAUAAAUGUCAUCCGGUUGUCACAGCGACUGAUAUUCCUAAAUCUGAUGUUGUUCCGUUAACAAACAUGGCCGAUAUCCAAGGGCUUUCCUAUAGUCAGACAAAUCCAGCUUUCUCUGACAGCGAUGAAAAACAGCAAGCAAAAUCCUCAUCAAAACCAUCAAACCAGGACCCGGAUGUAAAAAUUGACGUUGACCAAAUAGCGCUAAAUGUGAGGAAGCAUGAAAACGACAAUAUACCAAACGAGGAUAGUGAAAUGAAUACAAUAAAUACAUACAAAAAUCCGCCCACUGCACAAAUAUCUCCAAUCAUCAGCUCCCCACGACCAAACAGUUCUAACGGCGAUAGUAUCGCCAUCUCUAUUACCGACGGGCGCGGUCAAGGUCAAGUGGUAGACUCCAUUCGGACAUCCUCACCUUCGGAAGAGAAUUUUUCUGGAGGUAAUGGAGAAAUUUUAAACGGACCUGGAGUGGCACUGAAGGAAGCAGACGAUCAGCAAUUCAGUGAGGAAGACGCAAAGUGGCUAGCAUGGAUAGAACAGCAGUUCACGACCAUUGCUGGCGAGGACGGGGAAAUCAGCCUCGAGGAGUUCAAGGACGCUCUAAAGGUCAAAAAGUCUUUUUUCGCCGAGCGAUUUUUUGCUCUGUUCGACCAGGAUCGCAGUGGUUCUAUAGAGUUACACGAGUUAAUGGACGGAUUGCGCAUGCUCACGAAAGGAACACCUGCUCAAAAGCUCCGUUUUCUCUUCGAUGUGUAUGAUGUAGACGGCAGUGGCACUAUAGACCGGGAUGAGUUGAAGACAGUAUUGAUGUCUUGUACAGAGGAGAGUUCUCUUUCUAUCAGCGAGGAAAACAUGGAUGCCCUCACUGAUAUUUUGUUCGACUCCGCUGACGAGGACAACAGUGGCGCCAUCUCGUUCGACGAACUGAAAGCGGAACUAGAAAAACAUCCGGGUGUUUUGGAGAACCUUACUAUAAGUGCAGCACAGUGGCUGAAACCUCCUGCAAAAAAUAAAAACAAGAGACGAACUCGCUACUGUACGUAUGCGUACAUUCGGAAUAACCUCAAGAAAGUAGUGUUCUUGAUAUUGUACUUCUUGGUCAGCAUCGGUCUUGGAGCUUACGCAGCCUACAACUAUCGGAACUCUAAUGGAUUUAUCAUAGUGGCGCGAAUCUGUGGAAUGAAUUUGAAUUUUAACUGUAUGUUUAUCCUGGUACUGAUGCUGAGGAAGUCAAUUACGUACCUACUGAUGACACGAGUGGCAAAAUAUCUACCACUAGAACAAAACAUCUUAUUUCAUAAGAUGGUGGGAUGGAUGAUCGGGUUUUACUCACUGUUUCAUACCUUAGCCCAUGUAGGAAAUGCCAUUUUGCUUGAUAUAUCCAAACCCGACCUUGCAUUAUGGGAGAUUUUCUUUACCACCCGUGCCGGAUAUGGAUGGGUGUAUGGUACAGCCAUUUUGAGUGGUUGGGCACUGGACAUAAUCUUAGUAGUAAUGAUAAUUUGCUCACUAGAAUUCGUGCGAAGAGGUGGUCAUUUUCAGGUAUUUUACAAUACACAUAUGCUAUAUAUACUAUUCUGGAUCCUGCUGAUAAUACACGGCUCAAAUUUCUGGAAAUGGUUUGUGGGCCCAGGAGUGAUAUUUAUCCUUGAGAAAUUGUUGCGAUCGAAACUGAUCAAGAAGGCUAGAUAUGGCGAUACCUACAUAGAGGAAGUCAACUUGUUACCAUCCGGUGUAACACAUUUGGUGAUUUCUCGUCCGGAAAAGUUCAGAUACAAAGCUGGGGACUACGUCUUUAUACAGAUACCCGCUAUAGCUAAGCAGGAAUGGCACCCAUUCACCAUCAGCAGUGCACCAGAGAUGAAAGGACAUAUAUGGUUGCACGUGCGAUCUGCCGGUCAUUGGACGAACAAAUGUUACAAGUUUUUUGAGAACUUGGACACUGAGCGUGAGAAGGGUAAGAGCGUGGUUCGUGUUCCCCUACAGAAACGUAAAUCCCGGCACAUAGGCAUAGAAGGUAAAAUCAAGAUGUCACGGACGGGGAACAUUGAAAUAGAACUAGAAGAAGAAUCAGAAAUGAGACGAAAGGAAAAGAAGAAAGCAGUCCGCAUUCAGUGUUACAUAGAUGGUCCUUACGGAACUGCUACUCGCGAGAUCUACGAGACGGAGCACGCAGUACUUGUGGGGGCUGGUAUAGGGAUCACACCCAUGGCCUCUAUACUCCAGAGUGUCAUGUAUCGUUACAAAUCAUCAUUACGUACCUGUCCACAUUGUAACAAAAACUUCUAUGGAGAUAUCCCAGAGACUACCAUGAAGCUCAAAAAGGUUGAUUUUGUGUGGGUGAAUCGAGAUCAAAAAGCCUUCGAGUGGUUUGUGUCGCUAUUGACUCAGUUAGAGAUUGACCAGGCUGAGAUAGAGACUUGUGGAGGAGCUGAAGGCUCUAACAGAAUCAUAGAUAUGCACAUGUUCAUGACUGCUGCACAGAAGAAGACAGAUAUGAAAGGCAUCGGCUUACAGAUGGCACUUGAUCUGAUGCACAAGAAAGAAAACAAAGAUAUGAUUACUGGUCUACGGACGAAAACAGAACCAGGGAGACCUAACUGGGGAAAGCUUUUUGGCCAGAUUAUGCAGGAGGACCGGGGUAAAAUCAAAGUUUUCUUCUGUGGGGCACCAGCUCUUGGAAAGACGAUAAAAGAAGAAUGUGAAAAACUGAAGAUAGCAUUCUCAAAAGAAAAUUUCUAA